AUCCUGAUUUUUCCGAGCCGACCCUUACCUGUUUGUAUCAGAAACAUUUUCUAGGAAAUGGCAGAGGACUCAACUACAGGACCAACCAAUAGCAGCGCUGAAGGUCUGGGGACAUACUUACCCGGCACAGCAAGUCUCGUGCAGGAGAUAGAUAAGCGAAUACUGGUUGUCCUGAGGGACGGCAAGACACUCAUCGGUUAUCUGAGGAGUGUGGAUCAGUUUGCUAACCUCCUGCUGCAAGACACAGUGGAGCGCAUCUAUGUAGGGCAGCAAUAUGGAGACAUCCCUCGAGGUAUAUAUCUGGUACGAGGGGAGAAUGUCGCUCUAUGUGGAGAGAUAGAUGCCCUCAAGGAGUCAACACAGAGCCUAGUGCAGGUCUCCAUUGAUGAUGUGCUCGAGGCUCAGAGAAAACAACAGGAGGCAAGAGACAACGAGAAGAAGCAACGAGAGGCUGUAUUGCGGGCUAGGGGAAUGAGACCUACAGACACUGGCGCACAAGAUGCUUUCACUUGAACUAACUCACUAUUAUCACAGUGCUCAUGAUCUAAUUGUUUUGUAUGCCAUCUAUAUAAUUAUAGACAAAAUCACUACAUUAAAUGUAUGCCACAUGACUUUUACAUUUCUGGUAA